UCCUGGUUGAACGCAGGGGGCUAUGCUCGAUUGAACGCUACGCUGAACUGCGACUCGUCCAACAUGGCUGGCCAGGAAGAUCCAGUGCAAAGGGAGAUUCACCAAGAUUGGGCGAAUCGAGAGUACAUCGAAGUUAUUACGAGCAGCAUAAAAAAAAUCGCCGACUUUCUCAACUCAUUUGAUAUGUCGUGUCGAUCCCGCUUGGCCACCCUCAAUGAGAAGCUGACUGCUUUGGAGAGGAGGAUUGAAUAUAUUGAGGCGAGAGUGACGAAAGGAGAGACUUUGACCUAGAAAUCAUGAUGGGAAUCCAUAGGAUCCCAGAGCUACCUGUCCAUCCCCCUCCCUGAUUUUUUGGAAUAAAUGUGAUGGAUUCCACCCUCCUUUUUAUGGGACCAUUUUUAUAUUUUAUGACAGAGUUUUGUGUCGUUUUGUCUCAUGACACUUUUGUAUAGAAGAUGUGGGUCUGUCUUGGUCUCAGUGACUCAAGAAUCCUCAAUGUGAGGAAAAACAAAAUGUGCUCCAAAAGUAUUGUUUUGAAAAGAAAAAAAUGUAAGGAGCUCAAUUAUGGAUCGGUAUCAGCGCAACUUUUGACCAUCUUGUGUUGUAUGCAUAGUCAUUAACACCUUAGAGAUUAAUGAAAGGGGAACAUCAUUGUGUGCCAAGUUAAACAAUUAAUUGUGUAGUCAUCUUUAUUGAGGACCUGCUUGUACAGUAAACUGUUUGGUGAUGUUUCAGGGUUGAAAUACUGUAAUAAAUACUGAACAAUUA